UCCUGUGCCAUGGGCGGGGCUUCGGGUCUUUUUCCCGGGGUCCCUGCGGAAGGCAUGGAAGCAAAGACUCUUGGAACUGUAACACCAAGAAAACCUGUCUUAUCUGUCAGUGCAAGAAAAAUUAAGGACAAUGCAGCCGACUGGCAUAAUUUAAUCCUGAAAUGGGAAACCCUCAACGAUGGAGGUUUUGCUACUGCAAACAGUAUUGCCAACAUGAAAAUCAGUUUGUUGAGCAAAGACAAGAUAGAAUUAGUGAGCAGCGGCCUGGCUUCCGACGACUGUGCAGAAAAGGAGCACCCGGAAUACAGCAGGGAGCUCGAGACGCUGUGCGAGCAGCUGCAGGCCACCCUGGAAGGUUUGACCAAAAUACAGAUGAAGAUGGAAAAGCUGUCUUCAACCACCAAGGGCGUUUGUGAACUAGAAGAUUACCAUCAUGGGGAGGAGAGGAAGCGCCCCCCACUCUUCCACACGUGGCCCACGGCUCGUUUUUCAAAGGCCGCUGUUCAAGGGGGCCCGCGUUGGUUGCAGACGAGGUCUCCCGCAAGCUCUCGGACAUGUACAGCCAGGAGCUCCGCCUGAAGCGCACGGUGGUGGAGCAGCUGGCACACACGGCCGACCGCGACCUCGCCCUCAGCUACCUGUCCAUGUGGCUGCACCAGCCCUACCUGGAGGGCGGCAGCAGGCUGCUUCUGGAGAGCAUGCUGCUGGAAACGGGGCACCGCCCACUGUGACCUCCCCCCACACCUCGGGGCUCCAGACCCCCCGGUGGACAGACUUCCAGGUGGGUGCUGGGCAGUACCCCGGGAUCCGCCCCCCCGGCUGCACCCGCGAUCAGGCCCUGUGCUUGAUCCUUUGACCAGCUCUCUGGGGCCUCUCCAGACACUGAUUACUGCUGCCUGCCGUCUGCCACUCAGCCUUGUCUGCACCUGUUGUGAAUGUGGCAUCUAUGAAGACUUCUGCAUGAAAUAAAUGAGUUCCUCAACUGAA